UUUUUUAACAUUUUUUCACAUCAAGCCUUCGUGUCUUCACACAUACACACACGUCUCUUCACGCAUCUCUCGCUUAUAUAUAAGAUACAUAAAUUGAGACAUAUACUACAGAACUCCCAGAUUAACUAAAGAACAAACACUUGCGUACCACUUUUCAUCUAUUUCAUACAAUCCAAAAUUCUUCAAGCAUUUCUUGCAGCUCAAGUAAAGAUUCAAUGGGUCUGUUUUGAGGUCGUUUAAUCUGAAUUAAAAAGUUUUAAUCAUUUUAGCAAGUAUGGCUCGUAUCGUAGCAGCUGAUGAUGAUGAUGGUACGCAGCAGUUCUACUCCAUGGAGCUCAACUCAAUCUCCUCUGUUUCCGACUCCACAUUAGGACAACUCCUGAAGAACGUCAGUGAUGUCCGCAAACUAGCCAUUGGAGACGAGACUCCAGUUCACGAAUCUUUCAACCGAGACAACGACGAUGACCUCAUGCGCACUGUCCCCUUCGUACUCUCCUUCGACAACCUCACUUACAACGUCUCUAUCCGUCAGAAACUCACCUUCCGCGACCUCAUCCCACGUCGUAAAACAGAGGACCCCGAGAUAGCUCAAACCGUAACCCCCAGCACCAAAACCCUCCUCAACAACAUCUCCGGCGAGACACGAGACGGAGAGAUCAUGGCCGUGCUCGGAGCUAGCGGCUCGGGAAAAUCAACGCUAAUCGACGCGUUAGCGAACCGUAUAGCUAAAGGAAGCUUGAAAGGAGCGGUGAAGCUAAACGGAGAGACUCUCCAGUCACGUACCCUCAAAGUGAUCUCAGCUUACGUGAUGCAAGACGACCUCCUCUUCCCCAUGCUCACCGUCGAAGAAACCUUAAUGUUCGCUGCCGAGUUUCGUCUCCCUAGGAGCUUACCUAAGUCUAAGAAGAAGCUUCGCGUUCAAGCUUUGAUUGAACAGUUAGGAAUCAAGAACGCUGCUAAAACUAUCAUCGGAGACGAAGGUCACCGUGGAAUCUCCGGUGGAGAAAGGAGACGUGUCUCGAUCGGGAUUGAUAUCAUCCACGACCCGAUUCUUCUCUUCCUCGACGAGCCUACGUCAGGUUUGGACUCCACGAGUGCCUACAUGGUGGUGAAAGUGUUGAAGAGGAUUGCUCAGAGUGGCAGUAUCGUAAUUAUGUCGAUUCAUCAACCGAGUCAUCGUGUUCUCGGUUUGCUUAACCGGUUAAUUUUCUUGUCACGUGGCCACACCGUGUUCAGCGGUUCUCCGGGGAGUCUCCCGCGCUUCUUCGCGGAGUUCGGGAGUCCGAUACCGGAGAACGAGAAUCGAACCGAGUUCGCGUUGGAUCUCAUCCGCGAGCUUGAAGGAUCCGCCGGAGGAACGAGAGGAUUAGUCGAGUUUAACAAAAAAUGGCAAGAGAUGAAGAAAGAGAGUAACCGUCAGCCGCCGCUGACUCCUCCGCCGUCGCCGUACCCGAAUCUAACGUUAAAAGAAGCGAUCGCCGCGAGUAUCAGCAGAGGUAAGCUAGUCUCCGGCGGAGAAUCCGCCGCGAUCUCAACCGCCACCGCGGCAACUACCUUAACCGUACCUGCGUUCGCGAACUCGAUCUGGAUCGAGAUCUUAACUCUAUCGAAACGAUCGAUGCUAAACUCGCGUAGACAACCGGAGCUAUUCGGAAUCAGACUCGCCUCCGUCGUUAUCACCGGAUUCAUCCUCGCCACCGUGUUUUGGAGAAUCGAUAACUCUCCGAAAGGCGUGCAAGAGCGGCUAGGAUUCUUCGCAUUCGCGAUGUCGACGAUGUUCUACACCUGCGCCGAAGCUCUCCCCGUCUUCCUCCAGGAGCGUUACAUCUUCAUGAGAGAAACGGCUUACAACGCGUACCGGAGAUCCUCCUACGUUCUCUCUCACGCCAUCGUCUCCUUCCCGUCGCUCAUCUUCCUCUCAGUAGCUUUCGCCGCGACGACGUUUUGGGCCGUGGGGUUAGACGGAGGCCCAAUGGGCUUUCUGUUUUAUUGUUUGAUCAUAUUAGCUUCCUUCUGGUCAGGUAGCUCCUUCGUCACGUUUCUAUCAGGGAUCGUUCCGCAUGUGAUGUUAGGUUACACAAUCGUCGUGGCUAUUUUAGCUUACUUCUUGCUAUUCAGUGGAUUCUUCAUAAACAGAAACCGUAUACCAGAUUACUGGAUCUGGUUUCAUUACAUGUCUCUAGUGAAGUACCCGUACGAGGCGGUUUUGCAGAACGAGUUCUCUGACGCGACCAAGUGCUUUGUAAGAGGAGUUCAGAUUUUCGACAACACUCCGUUAGGGGUGUUGCCGGAUGGGAUGAAGCUAAGGCUGCUUGAUUCGGUGAGCCGGUCGCUCGGGACGACGAUAUCUAGCUCGACGUGUCUGACAACCGGUGCGGAUAUUCUGACGCAGCAAGGAGUGACUCAGUUGAGUAAAUGGAAUUGCUUGCUUAUCACGGUAGCUUUUGGGUUCUUUUUUAGGGCUUUGUUUUACUUCUGUUUGUUGCUUGGAAGCAAGAACAAGAGGAGGUGAUGAAGAGUAAAGAAGAACGCUCAGAGGCCCGAAUCAAAACAUACUUGUAUUUUCUAUUUGUAAUUCCUUGAAUCGUUUAAAUAUAUAUAUAUAUAUAAGAUUAUCUUUCAUUUAUUCCUUUUCGAAGUCUUUAUAAAGAAUAAGGAUUUUUUUACAUUCACAAAAACGAAUUAGAAACACAUUUGAUUCUCUUCUUUCGAACGUUUAUACAUCUAUGAAGUAUUAUUAUAAACCUUAACUGUCAUACCUGAGAGUCUGAGACUAUAUGUGGUAUAAGCCGAUGAUGAUGCGAGAGAGUCUUGAUUAUCUUCUUUGUCCUCCUUAAAGAUCAAACAUUGUGAUGAACAAACAUUAAUAUUUUUCAUGAUGUGCGAG